AAGGAGGGGGGUGGGGGGGCCGGAGCGGCCCCUGAGCCGGGGAUGUCGGAGGCCGAGUGCGAGGAGUGGAUCCUGGAGACCAUCGACUCGCUGAGGUCCCGGAAGGCGAGGCCCGACGAGGAGCGCAUCUGCCGACUGGUGGCCCGGAGGCACGGCCUGUCUCCCAGCCGCGCCCGCCGGGAGCUGGAGCGCCUGCUGAGGAGCCGGGCCGUGCUCAGGGUCUCCUACAAGGGCUCGCACUCCUACCGCAACGCCGGCAAAUGGCGGCCGGCCCGGCGGGGGGAGCCGGGGGGACCCCGGGCCGGGGGAGACGACGGCGCCGGAGGAGGAGGAGAGACGGCGGCGGCGACGGGUCGAUCCCGGAGGAGCGGGGACCAAGGGGACCGAGUGAGGGACUUGCCGGAUCGGUCUCGGAGGAGCGCGGACCCGCCGGAUCGGACCAAGCGGAGCAGGGACAGGGCGGGCCGGGCCAGGGAUCCAGAGCCGGACCGAGCCAGGAGGAGCGCCGACGGCUCGGAGCAGGCGGAUCCCCCGGAGCAACCCAGCGGGAGCGGGGACCAGGCUCAGGCGGAGCCAGCCAGGGCGGGCGCGGAGCGAGGCCGGAGGAGCGGCGACCCGGGGGAACGCAGGGACGGAGCAGGAGACCCCGGGGACGUGCUGGUGGGGGCCCUGCGGGAGCUGGGCGAGCUGGAGGGGGCCGGGGUGGGAAUCGGGGAGAUCUCGCGGCUGAUGUCGGACCGGCAGAGGGUGCUGACCCGGGCGCAGCUCCGCACGGCGCUGGAGUGGGAGGUGAACCAGGGUCGGAUCCGGAGAACUCCGGAGGGGAAUUACACCCUCUCUCCGGUCAAGAGGAGACUCCGAGCACAAGCCAUACCCCCCCAACGGAAGACCAGAAGAACGAAGGAGGUAGACACCCCGGCCAGUGCUGAGGAACGGGCCGGGCAAUCGAAGGAGGAUUCGGCGAAACAAGCGAGCGAGGACGAGGCCUGUGGGGCCGGCGACAAGGAGCGUCCUCCCAGCGACGAUUCCAUCGACCGGCCGGCAGACAGAGAUGGUCCUGACGAAAAAGAGGUCAGCGUUGGGAAACACCCAGUUGUGGAGCCUGGUAACCCCAACACGGCCGAUAAGCAGCGGCUUCCUGUUAGCCCACGCGCUGAGAGCCUCCGGGCCAAGAUGGAGCUGCAGACCGUGCAAGAGCCACCUGGCGUUGGUCAAACCCCAGGGAAGGAUGAGACCGAGUUUGGUUCCACAACCCCUGAAGAGCUGUCGACGGAGGUCGGGAACAACACCUCAUCUGCCCGGAAAUCGUGCGUCAGUCAAGGAAAAGAAUCUUCUGACGUGUCGGUCACCGGCUGGGAGACAUUCACUGAGGGGCUGACACACAGCACAGAGCAAAGACUCACUGAAGCGAGCGAGAGCGUGACCUGCCUUCAGCAAGGUACCAGGUUGACUGAAGGCCCCUGUCUGUCCUGUGACAGUAAGCUCCUUGGCGAAGACGGCACUAUGUUGCUGCCCCGGCUCCCUUCAGCCACCGCAAGUCCCAAACACCAACUGCUAGAGGCAGCAGCUGAAGAUUCAAGCUCCAAUAGCAGACACUCGGUUUCUGAGGUGGGAGCUGCUUCGUGUCUGCUCACACCAUCAGCAUCUCCAGUAGAGAUGGUUCCUGAAGAGAACGGUUCCACAGACAGACAUCGGCUAGAAGAGAAUGGGAAGCCCUUAGAUCCGACUGAAUGGAGCAUUGCGGAUGUGGUGAAUUAUUUCAAAGAGGCUGGAUUUCCAGACCAGGCGAAAGCCUUCGAGGACCAGGAGAUCGACGGCAAGUCUCUGCUCCUGAUGAAGAGGAACGACGUGCUGACGGGGCUGGAGAUUAAGCUGGGGCCGGCCCUGAAGAUAUACGAGUAUCACAUCAAAGUGCUGCAGUUACACCACUUCAACAAUGAAGCCACCUCCUGCUGAGGCGAUCGAUGGAUUGACAGGGUCCUCUCUUUUGCACUCACGCUCAGCCUCCAAUCCGGGCUUAAUGGUUUGAUGGGGGAGCGGUGGGGUUCGGGGUGGGGUUGGGGCGGGGGGAGGAGGCGGGGAAAGUAGGGAGGGGUUGAAACCACCCAAUUUUUAAAGGACCAAAAAAAAACAGCUUGUUGUACAUUAAUGCCACUAGAGGAGGGAAAGACUGCAAGCAAUAAAUAAGGGAAUGAAGUGCCGGGGAGCCGGAGAGCAAUGCUACGCUGUUCUGCUCUGCUCUACACUCACUGAUUCUCUCUCCAAACCGCUACUGAUGUUGUAGAACCAAGGUGGGGUGUCUGGGCUUCCUGCCCCCACCCCUAAACUUGGCGGACUGGAGGCAAGUCCCUGUCAUCUCCUCUUCCUCUCGCCUCCAGACAGACGUGGCACUCUAUAACUGGCCGGGACAACAACAACUAACAUUUACACACUGCCUUCACGUCAGGAGGACACGCUCCGAGGUGCUGGAUGGAUGGACAGUCGGGGAUUUGUACCCGAGCUGGGGGGUUGGGGGUGGG